AUGAGGAUGCUGCUGCCCUCCGCUCUGGCUGCGCGCCUGCUCGGCGCCUUCAGGCAGCCCCUGCUCCACUCGCUCUGGAGGGGCCUGGCCCCACUGCUGUACUGGCUGAGGGCAGCCUUCUGGUGGCCAGGUACAGGGAAGGGACAGCAGCAGGUCGGAGAGAGAGCUGAGGGGAGCCAGGAGGAGGAGGCGGACGGCGAGCUGCCCAUCACCCCCACGAGCGUCAACUACCACUUCACGCGCCAGUGCAACUACAGAUGUGGCUUCUGCUUCCACACGGCCAAGACGUCCUUCGUGCUGCCCCUGGAGGAGGCCAAGAGGGGGCUGCUCCUGCUCAAGGAAGCCGGGAUGGAGAAGAUAAACUUCUCGGGUGGAGAGCCCUUUCUUCAGGACCGGGGCGAGUACCUGGGCCAGCUGGUGAAAUUCUGCAAGCAGGAGCUCCUCCUGCCCAGUGUGAGCAUCGUGAGCAACGGCAGCCUGAUCCGGGAGAAGUGGUUCAGGGACUACGGUGACUACUUGGACAUUCUCGCCAUUUCCUGUGACAGCUUUGACGAGGAAGUCAACGUCCUUAUUGGCCGUGGCCAAGGAAAGAAGAACCACGUGGAGAAUCUUCAAAAGCUGAGGAAGUGGUGCAAGGAUUACAGAGUGGCUUUCAAGAUCAACUCGGUCAUCAACCGGUUCAACGUGGAUGAGGACAUGAACGAGCAGAUUAAAGCCCUGAACCCUGUUCGCUGGAAGGUGUUCCAGUGCCUCCUGAUUGAGGGCGAGAACUGUGGAGACGAUGCCCUGAGAGAAGCACAAAGAUUCGUCAUUAGCGACGAAGAGUUUGAAGAAUUCUUAGAGCGUCACAAAGGAGUGUCCUGCUUGGUGCCCGAGUCCAACCAGAAGAUGAAAGACUCCUACCUUAUCCUGGAUGAAUACAUGCGCUUUCUGAACUGCAGAAGUGGCCGGAAGGAUCCUUCCAUGUCUAUCCUGGACGUUGGAGUGGAAGAAGCUAUAAAAUUCAGCGGGUUUGAUGAACGUAUGUUUCUGAAGCGAGGAGGAAAGUACGUCUGGAGCAAGGCUGACCUGAAACUGGACUGGUGACGCUGUCAGCAGAGCAAGGGCCAACCCACUGGAGGCCAGCCCCACGUGUGGCUGCCGUGGUCUGCAGGACCUGCACACUGGUCUGUCUCAGUGGCCAGAAACCUGCGCAUCACAUUGAAUUGCCUGUGGGCACUGAACAUAUAAAUCACCUGCGUAACUAAAGUCCACACUUCAGUUAGUUGGCUUAGUGCUGUAUUGUUAUUUAAAAGGUUCUAAGCCGACUGUGAACAAGAGCACAAUAAUCCAGUUCAAAGUUGCCUUUGUGAGAAAUAAGCUACAAGGAUACCUGGGCGGGGGGGCAAUCCAUAAUUCCAAUGGGUUUGGUAUUUUCAGCAAAAUUUCCCGUGACUGCUGUGUUUUUAUUUCAAAGCUAUUUUUUUCCAGUUUCGUUUCUGUCUUCAUUUUUGUCUUUCUUUUAUUUGAUCAUCAGUUAUUUCCUGCUAAAUAUUGAUUGAAACGUCACUUUUCACCUUAGAAAUAUUAUCAAAUACUGCCUCCAGUUACUUCUGCUUAUUGUAAAGCUCCUUCAUUUUCUGUCUUUAUAUCACUGAAAUCUUGGAAAUUUUAUUUAGAAUUAUAGAAAUGGUCCACAGACAUUUUAAAGAACAAUGAAGGAAACUCAUCUAUCUCACCUGCUCCUUGAGCGCAGGGACUUCUGGUGCCCGUGCUGUCUGUGCUACACAGAUUCUUCUUCAAAGACCCUUGGCACAACCAGAAGACUCCACGUUCCCUGAUAUGGAACAAGAAUGGUACUUCAAUUGCUGUGACCACCUACUUUUCAGGGCAUGGGAGUGUCAAGUGAAAACGUGACUUUUCAUUUGACCAGAUGUUUGUCUUCAAAGCUCUGAAAAUUGACAGUGUGGGCUGUUCCGUAAAAACCCGCCAAGUGCACCUGCAGUUUAUGCAAGUGAAGCCACAGCACCUUAUAGCAUUUCUCCGUUAACUUUGAGUCAGUGGAAAGAGGAUACAGUCUAGGCCAGUAGGAGAGAAAACUCUUCCUUUCUUUUCUAGCUCUAAGAGGGAAGCAUGGGAAAUAAUGUCGCUUGAUCAACAUUUUCUCCUUGUAUAAAUACAUCAUGUGGUUUCAUUAUGUAACUUAGAUAGUAUCUCAUUACCUGGAAUAAAAUAAUUUCCUAUCAUUGUUUCAA